CUCAAGAUUUAUGCUCAAGGCCUCACGGCCGGAUUUUUUUUGCGUUGCUUCGCCCGUCAUGCAGAAGCCAGAAGCUGUGCAGAUGGCGAUGGGCGUGUGGAUUAUCCUGUUGGAACUUCUGACCAUCAUGUUGCUGGUGAGGCUGUGUGCUCUGUCCCUUGGGAGCUGCCGCGCCAAGCUGCGGAAGUUCAAGAGCUUUGUUUGGCAAUGCUGCCGGAAUGGACCUACAAAGAACGUCGACCAGCACAUCAUCGACAAGUUUCAUGAAACCCAGUGCACCAUCUUGACGGUAGGCAGCGGCGUCUUUGCCAUCGCGCUCUUCUUGCGCCUAUUGGCAGUCCACCCCUUCCUUCUGAGUAAACAAGAACACAACUUGCAGCACACCCUUGAUUACACCAACGUGAUCGCCUACCCACUGUGUCUUGUUCUUGCGUUCAGGGCGAAGGGCAUCGUGACACCCAGCAGCCUGGGUCCUUGGUAUAUCGCACUCCAAACCCUUUGUGUGAUUCCGGUGGGCCUGGCUGAACCUGAUGACGUCCAGAGAGUGUCGCUGGUCACUCUUCUUCCUCGGGUGCUCAUAGGCCAAGCGGCGCCUACAUGGUGGUUGCCGAUUUUUGGCAACUUGAUCCAACUCCUGGUGGUGAUUCCCAAGGUUCUGAGUCAGCACGAUGUGGUUCUGACACAGGCUGCAGAGCUUUUCAUGCUGAUCACAGCCUGUCAAGUCAUGCGCUGGCAGGUCUUUGAGAUCGUUUCUAUCAGCCAGCGUCUGAGGAAGUGCACCAUCGACAUGCAGGCUGUUUCCACGCUGCUGCUGGGAUUCUGCGACGCCGUGGUGGAGAUUGACAACUCCAUGAAGCUUACGGAGGACUGCCGACAGCUCAGCACCAUGCUCUUGCACAGCCGCGCAUCCGAGUGCCUCGGCCGAGACUUUUUGAGCUUCUUCUGCCCGGAAGAUCGCAAGCACAUUCAGGAGUCCUUGACUGGGGAGCGCUUCAGCAAAACCGUGGCGCUGAACGCGCGGAUGCUGGACUCCUUAAACAACUUCCUUCGGGUGGAGCUGCUGCACAUCCAAUUUCUGAAUGCCCAAGGUGAGGAGUGCUGGCUGGUGGGCAUGCGAGAGUUCCAAGACAUGGAUAACUCCAUCGCCCCACUGCCCUGCGAGGCUGAGGAGUCGAAGGCAUGCAUCAUGUUUGAUUGCAACAGCAUGGAGAUUCUGACGGUGAACAGCGAGAUUCAGAAGAUCCAGCCAGGUGUGAUCUUUGAGGGCAUGCACUUGGCUGACCUGCCAGGGAGUGACAUCUACGAGUUGCUUCUACAGAUUCAAGGGGCGGUGAACGGCUUCUAUGAGACCAGCACCGUGCGCCCGGUACAUGUGGAUCUCCAGAUUCUGGCGAAGCGGUACGAAGGAGACUUGACUCUGCAAGAAGACCAGCUCUUGGAAACUUUGGUGGGCACUCUGCAGCUUCGUUUUGCAGGAUCUCCCUUGACGGAGCAGAACUUAAAGAGACUUGCAGCGGCGCCCGCGACGAAGCGGUCCAAGAAGCGAUCCAGGAACCCUUCCUCAAAGGGUUCGCGGAGCUCUGGCAGCCAGCAAGGCUCCAUCCUGCAGCUUCGGCUGCCGGUUUCCCUGUGAGCCGGCCUGGGGAGGUUUGGUUUUAUGAUUCUUCGGAAGGGAUGCAUCCCUUCCUUUUUGGUUUCAGAAGUUGGAGGUAGAAGUAUCCAAUUCUUCAACCCGAAUGAAUGUUAUGUUGACGCUCGAAAGGGCAAGUGACGCUGAGAGCGAUGUGUAUCACCCUCCUUUUGUCUCACGGCUCACACCACCGGAUCGCGUGGUAGGCCAAGAGAGAGAUAGAGCAGCCACUUUUCGCCGAGAGUCACUCGGAUCCUUGCUUGGGGGUCCUCAAUUUCAGGCCUGGUGAGCCAUAUCUUUCACCCAGUCCUGUUGGUGCCUUUCUGCCAACCAUAUUGAACGGCUUCCUGUAUGAAUACGUUCCCCUUUUCCCUCUCCGGAUCCGCGCAUCCGACUAUGCCUUCGGUAGGGUCGCUCCGAGCCC